AUGGACGAACCUUCUUCAGCCUCGCAGGCCACCAGCCAGCCCGUCACGCAAAUCCGGCUCCUCACCCUCAACUGCUGGGGCCUGCUCUUCAUCUCUGAUCUGCGCACUCCGCGCCUCGCUGAAAUCGGCCGCCAGUUGGCCCUCCUCAACCCCCCGCCGGACAUUGUCUGUCUUCAGGAAUGCUGGACCCGGGACGACUAUCUCGCCAUCUGCCGGGCCACUGCUGACAUUCUCCCCUAUGGCAAGUUUUACAACAGCGGCGCCUUUGGCGGUGGCCUUGCGCUUCUGAGUCGAUGGCCGGUUGAGUCGAGCUCCAUGUUUCGGUAUCCGCUUAAUGGACGGCCCACGGCCUUUUGGAGAGGCGAUUGGUAUGUCGGCAAGGGCGUGGCGUGUGCCAGUGUGAGGUUUGGGCCGGGGAAGAAUGAUGUAGUUGAGGUCUUCAACACUCAUACUCACGCCCCUUACGAGAGCCCCCCAAAUGACACCUACCUCUGCCACCGCACAGCCCAAGCAUGGGAAAUCUCCAAGCUCCUCCGCGCCGCAUCCCUCUCAGGCCGCCUCGUCGUCGCUCUCGGCGACUUCAACAUGACGCCAAGAUCGCUUUGCCAUCGCAUCAUCACCGCCCGCAGUCCUCUUCGCGAUACCUGGCGUGUUCUUCACCCCGACAGCUCUCUCGGCACCGCUGACGAUCCCGUAGAGAAGGCCAGAGGUCUUCCCGUGCCCACUGCCGGCUUCAAUCUCAAAUUCAAUGGAUCAACAAGCGAUGGCCUCUACAACACCUGGCGCUGGUCAAAGAGCGCCCAGAAGAAACUAAAGACUGACCCUUGCCCUGUCGACCCAGACAGUCCAGAUCCUCGGGGUAAACGCCUCGAUUAUGUCUUCGCCUCCACCGGCCCCUUCCAACCAGACGCCGCCAAUCCCCAACAACCUCGAGGCUGGGUCGUCCAUUCUGCAUCAGUCGAAAUGACCCAGCGUCACCCCGAACUCAACGUCUCCCUAUCCGACCAUUUCGCAGCCCUAGCCACCCUCAAACUCCACGAAAUCUCGCCCUCUUCCCCCAUCCCCGAAUUAGACGCCCAACUUCUCCCCCCAGAAGAAGACAACGACCCCGAAAGCGCCAGCCUAACCCUCUCCGACUACGACGAAAUCCUCGCCAUGACCCAAGAAUACAUGGCCCGCGAAGUCCGCCAGCGCCACUGGCGCGGCAUCCACUUCUACGCCUCCGUCCUCGUCUGGAUAGGCUGCCUCGUCGCCGUGUGGUUCAGCCCCCGCAACUUCGUCGCCUUCAUCCUCAUGCUCGUCGCGAGCCUGGGCCUUGCCACUGGAGUCGUGGACGGCCUUCUUGCCCUGCUCUUCUUUUGGUCUGAGAUUAGGGCCCUUAGGGAGUUUGAGUGGGAGAUUCGUACGGCUAGGUCGCUUGCUUCGUCGGACAACACGGCUCAAACACCAGCAGCAAAGGCUGGCUAA